AUGUCCCAAAUGCCCUCACUGAAAGAAGUAGACAGGUCCUACCACCCCAAGGGCUAUAACAUGUCCCCUUCCCUCCAACGCGCCCGAAAGCCAUUCUUCCUCACCAAUGCUUUGAUCGGCGGAUCCGUUGCCGCAUUCACUCUGGGCGUUUACCUGUACUCUAUAUCUGCAGUCAAGCAGGAUGACUUCUCUGACGUGGAGGACUUGCUUCCCCCACUCGAAGAGAGAAGCAAGAUAAAAUCUAUUGAAGACGAGGCCAAGGAGAUUGCUGGCGGUGCUGUCAACUCUAUCCCCGCCGCUCGAGGUCUUCCCGGAGCUCCUUCAAAGGCUAUUCCCGAUGCUCCCCUUGCCCAGGCUGCCGCUGCCAACUCUUCCGGCUGGGGACCCAAGAAGCUGAGCGAUGUGGAGUGGAUCAAAAGUAGAGGAUGGGUUGACGGAAAUGGAAAUGUCUUGGUCUGGGGAGCGCCGAAUGUGGACAGAAUAGGACGACUGAGCGAUUCGACUUCGGCCAAGAAGCUGGUAUAA